UGCGGAAUUUCAGCGCCGCUGAAAUUGUUCCGCGCAAAGAAAGAACAUGUUCAUUCUUUGCACGGAAGUCCGCGAGUACUGCAUAGCUGUCAAUGGUGACGGCUCAGUGCCGCCCGGUUCUACCGCCGCCGCCGGCUGCCAGUCUGAAUCUCCGCUCGCUGAAUUCAGCGAGCGGAGAUUCCGUUCACACACUGUAGUGUGAACAUACCCUAAUGGGUCGUUAUAAGGAUAUUUUUGAGAUUUUGGAAGCUGGGAUACUCACUACACCCAUGCAUAUCUAUAUAAUAAAGGAUGGGAGGAACUUAAAAAAAUUUUUAAAUCACAUGGAGUUUUGACUUUACUUCAUUAUGGUCGAAUAAAGCACUUAAAGAAUUCCUUAAAAUUAAAGAUUCACUCUUUUGGAUGAAAAGGGGCUUAUUUAUGUAAAUCAAUUAUACGCUUUUAGGUCAAAUAAAGUCGUUUGAAGAGAUAGCCCAUAAGUGUGUGGUGGGAAGACAAUCAGAAACAUUGUUUUUUACAAAUAAGUAACACAGAUCAUAAACCAAUAAAAGGAGAGAUUGGAGAUUUCAGGGAUUCUAUAUAUAAGAAAAGUUUAAUUAGACUAUUUCCUUAUGCAAAGUUGCUGUCUGGGCAUGCUGGGAGUUGUGGUUCUGCAGCGGUUGGGGGUUCACAGCUUGAAGACCACUGCUAUAGAGGGUGCAAAUGUAUCUGAGCCCUGGAACUCAAAUAAUGUGAAAUAUGAGAUGAUCAAAAUGGAGCCCCUGCACUAAUUACUUGGGUUCUGGGGUCUGUAAGGUCCAUAGUAAAAACAUCAGGUUCUGUCUAUAGCAGAUACUAAAUCAUGGCAGCUCCAAGAAACAAGCAGUCAUUCUGACAUGUCACAUGUGAUGUCAUAGACAGCUGGAGGCCUGACAUUCCACUGACAGCCACCCGAGCCUUCAGUCUGUAGAUUGUUUCAGUGAGACUAGUGAGUUUAGUGAGAUUAGCGUCUUCUUCUUCUACUUGUCUGAAAUGGAGCUAAAAGGUUUGGGGUUCGUCCCCCUCCUGUUGGCGUUUUGGUGUGCGGCCUGGCUUGCCACCAGCUACAUCUUGACGGUCGUCCUCAGCCAUGCCGCCUCGCCACUGAUGAGCAUCAGUGACGUGGGAAAUUUCUUUCCCGAAAGCAUAUUAUUCAGAAUUGGAUUCAUAGGGAUGUCCAUUGGCACUUUGGUACUAACCUUUCUUAUUUAUAAGUAUAUGGUUAUGCAUACUGAAGAGUUCAGGGGUCAUCAGGUCCUGAUCCAGAGGAUCCUGCUGGCCAUUGUGUGGGCCUCCUGUUUUGGCACAGCUGCUAUGCAUGUAUUGUCCCCCGAAGAAUAUCCCAGGAUACACUUUGUCAGCACAGUAAUUUCCAUUACAUGUGAAGCCUUAUACUACCUUGGGCAGUCCAUCCAGAUGUAUAAAUUACCAGGAGCAAAAAAAGUCAUCCACCAUAGUAGAUGCACCUGCUGUGGCCUGACUUUUGUCUGUGUAGUUUUCUAUUUUGGAUAUGAAACAUUAAAGGAAUUAUUCUAUAAUGAUGAAGACUGGGACGAGAUCCGUGAAAUCCCCAUCAUAAUCAUCGAGUGGGUGAUGCUUCUACUGAUCCUGAUAAACAUCGUGACCUAUUAUUCCACCAUGCAGAGGUUAUUGUUGACCGUCUCCAGAAACAGCUGCACACUCUCUCUUAGAGUAAGAAUUGAUGACUUCGGGGUGUAGACCACCACGUGGGCCAUCAAGUGGACUUCUGGGAGAAAUACUGCACAGGAUACGGAAAAACAUCUAAAGAAGAAUAACUGGGGGACUAUAUAUGGUGCCAGUAAUCAUGGCACAAUAAUAUGAGCUGGUGAUA